GGGCUGGAUUAGGUCGCUCGCGGCCCCAGAGGCGCACGUUGGCCGGACACAGCGUGGCUGAGUGAGUCGGUACAGGCGGAAGCGGAUUUGAGAGUCAACCGUGAGCCGUGUCAGUUCCGGUAAAGUGUCGACAGAGAGAGGAGAGAGUGAGGCGUGACGUUACCUUCAUUCGGGGGCGGAAGACGCGGAUUGACGGAGAAAAGUGGGGAAGUCUGGACGCGACAUGCAGCGGCGGCAGCGGUGGCUGGUGAAGCCGUUCAGACCGUGAACGUCUCGGAAACAGAGAGAAGAACAACAAACGACACUUCCGCUCGUGCCCGAGACGCGCGCACGAAAGAGAGUUCAACUUUAGAUUAUACGUUUUUAAAGUGAGGUUUGGUUUUCUCGUCCGGAACCUUCCAGAACGUAUCGCUGUUGCCGCACGGGCCACAGUUGUUCCCAGACAUGGCAACUUGCACGCGGACAGUGUGGAAAGUUUUAGCAGGAUGUCAGCGGCAGCUGCUCAGUGCUGGUGGUCCGUCCUUCAUGAACGUCCCACACACACACAGGAAUCUCCCUGUCAGGACGUUUGCAGUUGCCAGGACUUUCCAAAAGAAAGACAAGAAAAAAGAGGAGGAAGAGAAGACCAAAGAGAAGAAGGUGAAGAAAGAGAAGGUUGUCAUGGACGACAGUCAGAGACAUAAACCGUAUGGAAAGACGGCGUGGGCGCCUGUGGACGACGUUUACGUCCGUAGGUUUUACCCCAGGACCACGUACGACGCAGCGGACGCCAUCGACCUGCUGAAGAACUUCCAGGUUCUGGACUUCACUCCUCCCACGCAGCCCGUGUACAUCGACCUGAAGCUCAACAUGAAGCUGGAGAAAAAGAAAAGAGUGGAGCAGUUCACCAGCACCAUUCUUUUACCGUUCCCCUUCAGCACAGAGACGAGCAGAGUUGUGCUCUUCACUGAGGAUGAAAAUCAGGUGAAGGUGGCGAAGGAGAACGGAGCUGAUGUAGCAGGAGGAGUGGAGCUCAUUCAGCAGAUCUUAGACGAUGAGAUUUCAGCCGACUUCUACGUCGCAGUUCCUGAAAUGUUGCCCAAACUUUUGCCGUUGAAAAACAAACUGAGGAAACUGUUUCCAAAGAGCAAGAGAGGCUCCGUCGGCAACAACAUCCCUAAGAUGCUGCAGUUGUUUAGAACAGGUCAUGAGUACAUGGUGGAGAGUGAGUGUUACGUCAGGACACAGAUCGCCACGUUGGACAUGUCCAGAGGACAGAUCUUUGCAAACCUGCAGAAAAUCCUGGAGGAUGUUUGUUCUCACCGACCGGCAAACAUGGGUCCUUUCAUCGAGCGAGCGAUCGUGGCGAGUCACACCAGUGAAUCUCUGUGGUUCAAGAGUGAAGAGGUUUUACAAAAACCAGAGACCAGGACAGAGGACAAGUGAAGGAGGACUAGACAGAGGAGUGAAGGAGACAGAGGAGGAGGAGGAGGAGACGGAGUUUGUGUAAAUAAAGUGUUUUCUUGUGA